AUGUCGGCUAAGCAGUUAGGGGCUUUACUGGUGGAGUAUGUGAGGAGCCGCGGAGUUUACAUGUCCGGCGAAGAAUAUCAGAAUAUGCUCUUGAAGGACAUAUAUAAUCAGUUACGAGAGUUUGUGGUGUACAUGGAAAAGAAAGAGAACAUCAUUUUGUUUAGCGUUAAUUGUGAUGACCACGGCUGGUGGCAUGAAGGCGCAGGUAUUAGGCAAAUGAACACGCCAGGAAACAUACCUAUAUGUAGGCUUAUGGUAGGGGCUCUAUAUUUUAUGAACAACAACAAAUGGAAACGGCAACGUGGAGAAAGGGCGGACACUGCAGAUGACCGCCUAAAGGACUAUGUAGGGUGUGCAAUAGUAAACAUGUUUGAAGAAUUAUUGCUGGAGGCAUCCUGCGGAGCAAACUGGGGUAUAGAGCAGGCCUGGUAUAUAAUGAGAAAAAUAGAGGCAGCUAUUCCUGGUUUAAUUACGGACAAGAUUUGUAACCUGCAACAGGCUGAGAAUAUACAAAUUGGAAAAUGGUCCAUGAAAGACAAAAUAAAGAAGUGGUUGGACGCGAAUGAGAAGUUUAAAGCGAAAUUACAGGUGCAAAAAGUAGGAAAACAGUGCACGGGAAAUGCGAAGAGCACAUCAAAAGAUGAGCGCGCAUCGACAGCACUUAGUGAGGGGCACGCUAGCAAAAUUAAGCAAACAAAGAGUGCUGAGAAAAUUCUGUGGGGUAGAGUGAAGACUGUAGUUCGGGAAGCUAGAAAAGAGGUACGACACCAAAUAAAAGAAAUGCAUAAAAACAAAACGAGCCAACAUUAUGCCAACGUGACGAGAGGGGGGGAAUUUAUAGACAUAUCCGACCCGGAGGACGACGACGAUGAUGAGGACGAUGAGGAUGCACAAGAGGAGGACGUGAAUGGUAAGAAGAGUAAAGGCACAGAGUGCUACUAA